UGCCAAGGGUCAAUGUCGGUACUUCCGUUUGAGGAACUUUCAGGGAGACGGCAUCAAUAUGCACGUCUAGUGUGAUGCCCGAUUUAUAUAUUGUUUUCACGGCCCAACUAUUUCUGGUUACAUUAUUUUUAAGCACUGUAUAUUUUUAUUUCCAAGUACAGUAAGUUUUUUUAAAAUUAAACCACCCUGGAAAGUUCCUCGAACAGAAGCAGAAGUUCAGUGACCUGACUCCGGUAGGAUCGUCCUAGCAUCGCGUGUGUGUGUGUGUGAAAGAUAUAUCUGUCAUUGCAUAUCGUAUGUCGUUUACAUCUGUCAGCACGUCAAGUACAACGGGAGGAUGUUUCUGGGCUCAUGGCAACCCCCUGACAUAAUCAUUGACUGUAUCGAAGGAGGUGAGGAGAGGACAUACUAACAGGAAGAGCUCAGUCACUCCUACUUCUUUUUCACUCUUCUUCUCCCAUGCUUCUUAACACAUCAACCAUGUCUCCUUCGAACAGCACUGGAACAAGGGACAAUGUAUCAUUUGACAAUCUCUAUCCAGCGAUCUUGCAGUGCUUUGUAGUAAUUGCGAGCGGAUACAUUGCUGGGCGUACAGGACAUGUGACUGUUUCCCAAGGUCGUGGAAUUGGGACCUUUGUGUCCACCUUCUGUCUGCCAGCUUUACUGUUUCGCUCCAUGUGCUCUAUGGACUUCUCACAGGUCAGCUGGAUGUUUCUUUUGUCCAUUCUAAUUGCCAAAGCCACCGUCUUCUUCAUUGUUGCUCUUGUCACACUUCUAGUUACACGAGGCUCCAACUUGGGCUAUGUGGGAAUCUUUGCAAUUUUCUGCACACAAAGCAAUGACUUUGCCGUGGGAUAUCCUAUUUUACAACCUCUGUACCAGGAGACUCAUCCCGACUACCUGAACUAUAUCUACCUCAUUGCUCCAAUCUCCUUAUGUAUCCUUAAUCCUUUUGGCUUUAUUCUCAUGGAAAUACACCGCAGAAAGCUGGCACACCAAAUAGAUGCAAACAAACAAGAGCAUGGGGAUGCUACAAAUGGUUCUGCUGGGGUUGACCAUUCCCCAGAACGUCGCUGUUCACAAGUCAGUCAGAGGCACAGCAGUGGGUCAGAAGGUGGCAAGGGGACAUGGCCUGAAAGCGAUGGGAGAGGUUCUGGUAACAAGCCACAGGAAGAGCCCAGUCUGGUGAGAGGGGUGCUGCACGUAGCAAAAGGCGUGUUUCUGAAUCCAAUUGUCUUUAUGACUGCCAUUGGCAUUGUGGGCAACUUCAUCUUUAAACAGAAAGUUCCAAGCAUUUUAGAUGACAUCCUUGUUGUGCUUGGUAAUGCCUUCAGUGCAUGUGCCCUUUUUUACCUGGGUCUUUGUAUGGUGGGGAAGGUGAGAAAUCAGAUGGGCCUACCUCUGCUUGUUCCACUGAUGCUGAUAUUUGCCAAAAAUCUGCUGCUGCCCUUGGUUACCUGGGAAGUUAUAGGGUGGAUUGGUGUUGACACUAAUGCAUCCCAGUCGCUGAGCAUGUAUGGAUUUCUCUAUGGCACAUUCCCUACAGCCCCUUCAGUCUUCUUGUUUGCGUCACAGUAUGGAGUAGCACAGGACAUUGUGGCCACAGGUAUGGUUGCAGGAACAUUUCUCUCUGCUCCACUGAUGUUUGUGUCAGCGAAGAUGAUGACAGUGGUGGUAAACAGUGACAUGGACUUUCACUCCCUGCUGCUCAACACUUCCUUUGACACCAGCAUUGUAGGCAUCAUCUGCUGUGUGUGGGUGAUGGGUAUCUUGGUGAUGAAUGGUCGCUGGAGGCAGGUACCACAUCGGUUCACAGUCUGCCUGCUGAUCGCUCAGCUGCUGGGAUGCAUCGGAAUGGUGUGCUUCCGCCAAGUUGCAGUGAAGUGGCACCACUAUGUUCAGUUCAUCUUGUUGCUGGUUGGUGUGUUUUCAUCGCGGUGUUGGACGGCUGCUCUGGCACUGGCUUUGUGCUUACUUCAUGUCCGCAGCCUGUGUUUUGUGCUGAGAAUUCAAGUCUGGCUCUUCUUCUUGGGCUUUGGGCUUCCAAUUGUCCUCACGGGGCUUAUGUUCUUGUUAGGUGCCCACAACAUUGUAGACAAGAUUGACCCUUCCUUCCAUUAUGGUUUUCUGCAGUUGAUAUUCUCUACACUGGUGUUGCUGUUAUCACUUAUUGUAACAGUAGUGUCAGUUGUUGUAUGGCAACGUAAAGCCAGGCAUACUUCUCAUGCACGCUAUGCUUCCCUGGCAUCUAAUGCAUCUUCACAGUCUUCAGAGAGAGGAGUCAGCAUCAACAGUGCUGAAGCGAAACCCAGUGACUCAUCUCCAUCCACAGAGCAAAAAAAUUACCACUCUUGUGGCACAGCUCUGAACUGUGCUAGCAUCAGCAUUGAGGAUCUUGUACCGUUUCCCACUGUGGAGGAGACCAAGAGUGUGAGCAGCGAUGGCUGCUGCACAGAGGACCAUGGCAUGAUAGAUGCUGGUACUGCUCCUAUCGAUGAACGCAUGUGCCUGUUGGGGAGUAGGUGUGACACCCAGGAGCGCAUUGCUUGCCGCAAGCGGCUUCGGCGUUAUGCAGCCAUGAUGCAGAGUCUGGCAGAAUCACCUCAGGAUGUGGAAACUCGCACAUCUACGGAGGCUAUACAAGAGGAGUACCAGUCAACCCACCAUCUCCUUUUAUUGUUGCUUCUGACCUUAUCUAUGUUUAUUGGUCUUUUCCUCUGCACUUGGAAGAUUUUCAAUCAGCGAGCAUUUAGUGGAAUCUAUGUAGAGCUGGAGUUCCUGGACAGUGUUUUCAAUUAUGGACAGUCAUUCCUGGUUUUUACUGUAUUUGGUUUUGAUACACGUCUCAUCUUCUCGUCACUUGUUGGAAGAUUUCUUUCUAAACGCAAGUGGCUGUGUCUAACAUAUGUCAGGAUACGCCGAUGGUUGUACGGGGCAGAGCUUGUUCACCUUCCCAAACCUUGGGAGUUAGACCAUGAAACACGCACAACCUGUCAUCAGUUCCUGACUUUCCACAUCCAGACCUGUCGGCAGCAGCUGUGCAAGGAUCACAGGUUCCGGCUGCAAAAGUUCCAGAAAGUCUUCACAGGGUGUGAACUGUGUGACUGGCUUCAGAAGGCUGGACUGGCAGCUGACAGAUCAGAGGCUCUGGCAUAUGGGAAGAGGUUAUUACUAGGACGUGUUAUAACCCAUGUAACAGGAGAAUAUCAUUUCCAUGACAGUCCUUACUUCUACAGAUUUUUGGACGACAGUGAUGACAACAACUGCUAGGUGGUGGGAGAAGAAAGAUUUUUAGGAAAAGAGGGUUAUAGACAGAAUUGUUAACCUGUGUGUGUGCACGUGCAAGCAUGUGCGUGAAUGCUGUGCCAUGUCAUGAAAUAUUUAAAAUCCCAACCAGAGAUCUGCCAUCAACUGAGUCGGAAUCUUCUAGCUGCCAGGAUUAAAUUAUCUUUCCUCACUUCAGAAACAGCAGUUGAUCAAGAAAUUUCCCUGUGUACCUCUGUUAUCUUGUAUCCGCAAGAGCUGAGAAAACUGCCUGAGCGUCCCAGUAUGCUGAGGAAACAUACUGAGUGAAAUGCCAAUCAGCAUAACCUGAGUAUCUUGGUGAACUGAGGAAACAUACUGCAUGAAAUUUCUGCCAGUAUAACCUGAUAUAUUUUCCAUUGUUUAGGCAGGCAGGGUUAUUGGACAGUCAUGUCCAGCAAAUGUGAGAUAUAAGAAGAGGAAACGACACUCCAGUUUUAUAUAGAGUCUAGGACCAGAGAUGGGACCACUGGAGUGACACACAAGACAAAAGUUUUCAGAGAAGCAACUUUAAUGGAGUUUGGAGGAAAUGAGGACUUCAACAGUAAUUUAUUCUUAUAUGAAGAAGUCUAGAAAAAGUUGGCAAAAUCCUUCAUAUUGAUUAUGAUGGAUGACUAGGUUAGGGUGUCUACACUCUUAAAACUGCACAGAAAUCUCAGACUUUUGGAUUGUGAAGGUUUGCAUUAUCUCCCUUUUAAGGUGUGGAUUGGCCUCCCUUGAGACCUGUAUUUUUCUCAUCUGCUGAAAUCCUUAUUAAUCAGUUUUCCAGUAUUCUGGCAAGAUCUUUCACCGAUUCGCAUAUCAAUACUCAUUAGAAAAAUUACUGUAAAGUUACCUGCUAAAACAGUUUCUGUUUUCUUGGCCUUAUUGUCAGCAAUGACGAUAAUCAUGCUUGAGACUCUGCUGUGAGUUUAUCUGCUACAGUCAACAUAAGUUUACAAGAAGAUGGAUUUUUGGUUCCUGACAUUUUAUGUCCCUUUUAGCCAUUUUUGGCUCCCAUCCAUUUUUGGUUUUGUAAAUUUCAAAUAUAAAAUCUGAACAGAACCGUCUUUGUAAAGACAGGUUACAUGCAUUUAAUGUUCGGCCCCUAGAAUGCAUUUACUGUUUUCAUUAAUUUAGGGGAUAUUUUCAUUUUAAAAGGACAUUACUUUAGUGUUGCUGAGGUCACACUAAGUUAUCUCCAGCUUGCCAUUACCAUGACCAGAAGUAAUUUACUGUGUAUAAGGGUUUUGAGUGAGCCAUGAGUGUACACUAAUGAAGGUUCAUCUAUGCUGUUAACAGUUCCUGCAAAUGCAUGCAGUUGAUGUAAAUUGUCAAUGCAGAAAAUAGCAAGUGGUUUAUCUCUACUACCCCACCUCUAGAAAAAGAAUAUUCAGUUCUUACUCAGAGCAAGAUUAAUGAUAAAAAUAUUUUGCAUGUACUUUUAACAUGAAACAUUUUCCCAGUGUCAACAAUAGCUGUAGUUUGCUCAGUGGAGAUAGAAUUUCCUUUUAAACAUUUUAAGAAAUUCAGAGGUUAUAGAAGGAGCUGUUAGUAGUGUUUUAUGAACAAUUUGGAAAUGUGCCAUAAAGUUAUAAAGAAGAUAGGGUAGAUCAAUUUGACAAGCUGGCAUUCCCAAUUCCCUUCAUGAAAAGAAAUGAAAUGAAUGCUGCACAUCUGUAGAUUGUCUAGAUCUGAGCAUCAACAUCCAUCAUCCACUCUCCUUACUGGUUCACCAUUACUGACUAUAUAGCUAAUUAACUAUCCACACUAACUUUCAAAUUCAAACUUGACUUUUUUCCCCCUCCAAAAUAAGUGAUUUCACCCAGAGCUGGAUGGACUAUGUGCUUGUGCAAUGUAUACAUGCGAAAGUGAGGUAGAGUGAAAUUGUGUGUAGAAUUAUGUCUAUAUUGUUGGUUUUCUCCUAAAUGUGAAAUGCUCCAAGCAUAUCUUUUGAAAAGUGCUAUAUAUUUAUUAUUACUCUAGUACAUGACUGAUGUUUUAACAACCAAGUUGCUUAGAAUUAUCUACCAUGAAAGCCACAUCAACAUCUGAAAAUGUAAAAAGGCUGGCUGUUUACCCUUUGUAACUACAGCAGCAUGCCUUCAUUAUAUGCAUAAAACAUUGUUUCAAAAUUGAUCUGUGAUUAUGUCUAGUUUAAAAAAUAAUUUUCUGGGAAAAAUUAAAGUUCUAAAAACGUAA